CUCCGACCCUUCCUCUCCUUCGCGACACCCGACAACUAACCCGGUUCAAGUCGACAAAGCAGCCAAGAUGCCUCGCGGACCUAAGAAGCACCAGAAGCGCCUCAGUGCGCCUUCGCACUGGCUCCUGGACAAGAUGUCCGGAACCUAUGCCCCCAAGGCCUCCCCCGGUCCUCACAAGCUCCGGGACUGCCUGCCCCUGAUCGUCUUCAUCCGCAACCGUCUCAAGUACGCCCUGAACGGUCGUGAGGUCAAGGCCAUCCUGAUGCAGCGUCUCAUCAAGGUCGACGGCAAGGUCCGCACCGACUCCACCUACCCCGCUGGCUUCAUGGAUGUCAUCGGCGUCGAGAAGACCGGCGAGAACUUCCGUCUCAUCUACGACACCAAGGGUCGCUUCACCGUGCACCGCAUCCAGGCCGAGGAGGCCGAGUACAAGCUCUGCAAGGUCAAGCGUGUUCAGCUCGGCAAGGGCGGGAUCCCAUUCUUGGUUACGCACGAUGCGAGAACCAUCCGCUACCCCGACCCCGCCAUCAAGGUCAACGACACCGUCAAGGUUGACGUGAACACUGGCAAGAUCGUCGACUUCGUCAAGUUCGACACCGGUGUGGUCAUCAUGGUCACCGGUGGACGUAACAUGGGUCGUGUCGGUGUUGUCACCCACCGUGAGCGUCACGAUGGUGGUUUCAACAUCGUCCACGUCAAGGACGCCAUCGACAACACCUUCGCCACCCGUGAGUCCAACGUCUUCGUCAUCGGACAGGACAAGCCCUGGAUCUCUCUGCCCAAGGGCAAGGGUGUCAAGCUCUCCAUCGCCGAGGAGCGUGACCGCCGCCGCGCCUACGCCAUCUCCAACUAA